AUGUCUGACGACAAGAAGAGCGACGACUACAGGGUCGAUAUGCCUUCGGGCAAGGAGUUCCGCGCAGCGUCACCGAUGCCUCGAUCAGCCAGUUCAAGCCGCGCCGGUCCUGCGAUAACAGAGAACCCCAUUGCCGCCGUGCUGGCAUACUGUGGAUCUUCCAUCAUGAUGACAGUUACAAACAAAUACGUCUUGUCUGGCGUCGAUUUCAACCUCCCUUUUUUCCUACUUUGCGUACAGUCUGUUGUCUGUGUAGCAGCAAUCUCGACAUGCAAAGCCAUGGGCAUCAUCAACUACCGCGACUUCAACAGCGAUGAAGCGAAGAAAUGGUUCCCCAUCUCCGUCCUGCUCAUCGGCAUGAUCUACACCAGCACCUGGGCGCUCAAGUACCUUUCGAUUCCCGUCUACACCAUUUUCAAAAACUUGACCAUCAUCCUGAUCGCAUACGGAGAGGUUCUCUGGUUCGGUGGCGCAGUCACACCAAUGGCUCUCUUCUCUUUCGGAUUGAUGGUGCUGAGUUCUGUUAUUGCGGCUUGGGCUGACAUUCAACACGCUUUGUCGAGCAUGGGUCACGCUGCGGAGAAGACCACUGAGGCCAUGUCGACCCUGCACACCGGAUACCUCUGGAUGAUGUUCAACUGCUUUUGCUCGGCUACCUACGUUCUGUGCAUGCGCAAGCGCAUCAAGCUCACCAACUUCAAGGACUUCGACACCAUGUACUACAAUAACCUCCUCACCAUCCCGAUUCUGCUCGUUGCCUCCAUCCUCGUAGAAGACUGGUCCUCCGCCAACGUCCAGAAGAACUUCCCCACCGAACAGCGCAACACCGUUAUUAUGGUCAUGAUCAUCUCUGGUCUUUCCACCGUCUUCAUCUCUUACACAUCUGCCUGGGCGGUCCGUGUUACCUCUUCGACAACCUACUCCAUGGUCGGUGCCCUGAACAAGCUACCCAUUGCGCUCAGCGGUCUGAUCUUCUUCGACGCGCCUGUCACCUUCGGCAGCUGUUCCGCCAUCUUUGUUGGAUUCGUCAGUGGUCUUGUCUACGCUCUGGCUAAGGUCCGCCAGAACAGCAAGCCCAAGACCGUUCUCCCCACUACCAACAUCCCGCUGAGCGCUAGCAGCCGCAGCAUGCAGGACAGCCUGAAGUCAUAA